AUGCACGGCUACAUCGACUCAAUUCUGGUCCCUCUCCACCUCGGACCGAGCCGCGUGAUCGAACAAGCCACCACCUCCGCCUCCACCUCGUCCUCAGCUAAAGCCAAGGGCAAGGCCAAAGCCAGCCAUGCAACGAAGGAACAAGGUCGAUCUUCAGCGUCGGACAGAGCUAAACACGAUCUUGUGGGAUCAUGGACGAGUGCAGAAGCAAAGGAUAUGAGGGACAAGGUCGAGCUGGCCGCGACGCGUGCGUUGACUGCGCUGUGGAGCUCUGCACCCCGUUCCUGGUCACUUAGAACCUCAAACCAUCCCUUCCACAGUCGGUUACUCCACCAUAUGCCUCGUCAUAUCCAUCCCAACGACCACAGACCCCUCUUUACUCUCCUUCCCCACCCCACUUUACCCCGACUUGGACCCCCGAACAGCCCAGAUCUCCUCCUCUUCGACACCUUUGGUAGAAGACCAGAUCCUGCAGCUAUGGCGUAUCCAUAUCCGAGACUACGGCGACGAGCAAGUCAAGAGCGUUUCCCAUCGCGGACAAUUCGGCCUGGCAAGUGGUGGCCCCCUCCUCGGUUCUCCAAAGAACGAAAAAUCUGACCCUCCUUCUCCCUGCCCUACAGAGUCAAUCCACAUCCUCCCUCCUUCCUCCCUCGACAACCCUCCUUUCGAUCCAACCCACAACCCUCACCUCUUUCAGUCACGUGUCCCUCUCCCUCUCCGCCUCCUCCCCCUAUGCCCCCAGCUUGAUCACCCUCGAUCCCUCCCUAUCCCCUCGCCUACCCUUCCCGCUAAAACGAGGGCUGA